CGCGCGGGUUGGGAUGUGGAGGUAUUCGAGAGGUCACAAUUCAAGAACGAGGUUGGCGCCGCAAUCACCAUGACGCCCAACGCCGCCCUGGUCUUGAGUCGCUGGGGUUUCGACAUGGAAAAGGCAAUGGCAAUGCCAAAUCGGUCACUGGUAAUCCGUUCGGCCACAGAUCCUUCCGUUACCCUGCAGCGACAAGAUUUUGCCGACGGCGAUGGGGUGCUGAAAAAUGGGGUAUGGUUAUUUCACCGCGUGGACUUGCACAGCGAGCUGAGGAACCUUGCUACGGCGCCGCCUACGGACGUGAUUCCUGCAGCUCCCGCGCAGAUCAAGUUGGGAUACAAGGUCGAGGGGUUGGAUUGCGAGAGUGGAGUUAUAAGGCUGGCCAAUGGCCAGACUAUCCACAAGGAUUUGAUCGUUGUUGCGGAUGGCGCACAUGCAAGUGUU